AUGGCUGCAUCCUUCCCUCCAGGACCAGCCCCGCCUGUGCCCACCACCACCACCACCACCACCACCCGCCGCCCCGAGCUGAGGCUCAUCCUGAUCGGGGAGAGAGAGGCAGGCAAGAGUGCUGCAGGCAACGCCAUCCUGGGACGUCGGGCCUUUGACGCGGUCGGCGUGAACACGCGGGCGAGCCUGCGGAAGCGGGCGAUGGUGCGCGGCUGGCCCUUGGUCCUGGUGGACACCCCCGGCUGGGAGUGGUUCUCUCCCCGCGGUGCCCCGAUCCGCAUGGGCGCGGCCCACACGAAGAACAUGGUGUGUGGCAGCGUGGAGCUGUGUCAGCCGGGUCCUCACGGCCUGCUGCUGGUGGUGCCGCUGGGCUACUCCUUUGGGCCGCGCGAGAGGCAGGUGGCGGAGGCGCACGUGCAGAUGUUCGGCGGCCGGCGCGCCUGGCGGCACACGCUGGUGCUCUUCACCAUCGCAGACCGCCGCAUCCUGCACGACUGCACCCUGGACGAGGAGGUGGAGGACAACGAUGAGCUCCGGGCUCUGGUGGAGCAGUGUGGUGGCGGCUACCACGCGCUGUACCGCAAGGACCGCAGAGGGGAGGACCAGGUGGGCGAGCUGCUGGCCAAGAUCCGGGCCAUGGUGGAGGGGAACGCCUGGGCACUGCUCCCCAGCCAGGAGGUGCUGCAGGAGGCCAGCAGGAUGGAGGAGGAGGAGGCUCGCAGGGAGGAGGAGGAGAGCAGGGCGGAGGAGAAGGAGGUCCGGAGGAGGAGGGAGGCGCUGAAGCGGCUGCAGGAAGAGGAAGAUGCAGAC